CGGAAUGUCCAGGUAGAAAUCUAAGAAGAAAUUCGUCAAAAAGGAAAAAGAAAGAGACAAGCAAAUCAUCGCUUGAUCAGUAGAGUUGCGAUCAGAUUGAAACUUGGGGGAAACACGAAAGGAGGGAGGAGAAAUGACGGUGUUCCACUUCUUCAACUGUGCGAUUCUCACCUUCGGUCCUCACGCCGUCUAUUACUCCGCCACUCCAUUAUCGGAGUAUGAUACUCUCGGUACCUCUGUUAAAGCUGCCCUUGUUUAUCUCGGAACAGCUUUGGUAAAGCUUGUUUGCCUGGCGACGUUUUUGAAGGUGUCUGAGAAUGAUGGCUUCGAUCCAUACCAGGAACUUUUGAAAGCGCUGAUUGGUUUCAUAGAUGUUGCUGGGCUUUAUUUUGCCUUAACACAGUUGUAUCACAGGAACAUCUCUCAAAAUCAUAAAUUUCAAGCUGUUGGACUUGGAUGGGCAUUUGCUGAUUCUGUUCUACAUAGAUUGGCACCCCUUUGGGUGGGAGCUAGAGGACUAGAAUUCACUUGGGAUUACAUUCUGCAAGGCCUGGAAGCAAAUGCUAAUUUGGUGUUGAGUAUAUCUCUUGCAGCAUUGGGAUCUUUGAUGUGGCUUCGCAAGAACAAGCCCAAGACUUUAAUUCCCAUAAUAUAUGCAUGUGCUGGCAUUGUUGCAACCAUGCCAUCCAUUACUAGCUAUCUAAGGCGAGGAUUGGGAUGGCACUUUCCAAAGGUGGUGGGCUUUGAAUUGUUCACAUCUCUGGUGAUGGCUUUCAUUAGUUGGCAAUUAUUUUCAGCAUGCCAAAGGCCCUCUGCAUGAGGACCACAGCUUAUUCCCCCCUGCCUGGUGAUCGAAGAGAUGUUGGAUAACUAUCAAUUAUUCUUUCCUAAUCAGUUCCUUUACCCCAGGCUGCUUUGUUGUCUACUUUAAAGUUCAAUCAUCUUAACGUUAAUCCAUAGAGUUUAGCUAAGGCACAAGACUCAAAUUUUGUAUCUCCAGGAAAGUAGAGAGAAGAUUUUUGAUAUAGAGUUUGGUAGCUUUAUUGUUCCGUACCUUUACUACAAGGACCCUUGCAUCCUUAACCUAAGUUUCAAGAACAGGGCAGUUUCUCUUACAUGCUAA